CGAGCUCGCCGGGCGCUAUAAAGGCUCCCACCGGGCGACUCCAGCCCAGAAAGGAACGCGAUGGGUUGGCUCCGGUUGCCCAGUUGUCUGCGCUGCGGCCAGAAGGAAUUCACUUUGUCCACGGAGAAGAUCGCUGACUCGCAGGAUGAGAACACAGAGCGGGGCAACUGGUCCAGCAAGACGGACUACCUGCUGUCCAUGGUGGGCUACGCGGUGGGCCUGGGCAACGUGUGGCGGUUCCCGUACCUGACCUAUCAGAAUGGAGGAGGAGCCUUCCUGAUCCCCUACGCCAUCAUGCUGGCCCUAGCCGGCCUCCCUCUCUUCUUCAUGGAGUGCUCCCUGGGACAGUUUGCCAGCUUGGGACCCGUGUCUGUUUGGAGAAUUCUGCCUCUUUUCCAAGGCGUGGGAAUCACCAUGGUCAUCAUCUCCACCUUUGUGACCAUCUACUACAACGUCAUCAUUGGCUACAGCCUCUAUUACUUGUUCGCCUCCUUCCAACGGGUCCUGCCCUGGGCGACAUGCGACCCAGAGUGGGCAGACCAGAAAUGCAGCAAGACGCCGCUUGUGUUGCUGUGCAAUGUCACGAUGGGCGGCACAACAGUCCAGAUGAAUUACACCGAAGUGGAGAGCAUGAACCUCACCUGCAUCAACAACACCCAGGUGUUUGCAGAGACGCAGGUUCCCAGCGAGCAGUAUUGGAACAACAAAGUCCUCCAGCGGUCGGAGAACUUAAGCGAGACCGGGGAGAUCGUGUGGUAUCUGGCGCUUUGCCUUCUCCUUUCCUGGCUGAUCGUGGCAGUUAGCUUGUUCAAAGGGAUCAAGUCUUCCGGGAAGGUUGUCUACUUCACAGCUAUCUUCCCUUAUGUUGUCCUGGUUAUACUGCUGGUGCGAGGUGCCACCUUGGAAGGUUCCCGCGAGGGCAUUGAGUACUACAUCGGGACCCAGUCCAAUUUCACGAAACUUAGCGAGGCAGAGGUGUGGAAAGACGCAGCCACGCAGAUUUUCUUCUCCCUCUCAGUCGCCUGGGGGGGCCUGGUCGCCCUCUCCUCCUACAACAAAUUCCAUAACAAUUGCUACGCAGACGCCAUUUUCGUCUGCGUGACCAACUGCCUCACCAGCGUCUUUGCCGGGUUUGCCAUCUUCUCCAUCUUGGGCCACAUGGCUUUCAAGGCCAAUAAGAAGGUCUCCGAGGUCGUGGACUCAGGAUUUGACUUGGCCUUCGUGGCUUACCCUGAAGCCCUGUCCCAGCUCCCGGUGGCUCCUCUCUGGUCCUUCUUGUUCUUCUUCAUGCUUCUCCUUCUGGGCCUCGAUUCCCAGUUUGCCACCAUAGAAACCAUCACUACCACCAUCCAAGAUAUCUACCCUGCAGUGAUGAAGAAAAUGAGAAUCGUGGUGACGAUGGGGUUGUGCCUGCUGCUGUUUCUGCUCGGGCUCGUCUGUGUGACCCAGGCAGGAAUCUACUGGGUCAACCUGGUGGACCAUUUCUGUGCAGGCUGGGGGAUCCUCUUUGCAGCUAUCCUGGAACUGCUGGGAAUUUGCUGGAUUUAUGGGGGAAACCGAUUCAUCGAAGACAUCGAGAUGAUGAUUGGAAAGAAAAGUUUCCUCUUCUGGCUGUGGUGGAGGGCCUGCUGGUUCUUCAUCACCCCUUGUCUCCUGUUGGCCAUCCUCAUUUGGUCCCUGAUCACUUUCAUGCCCCCCAAGUACGGCAAGAUACAGUACCCGGAGUGGGGAACGGCCGUCGGCUGGUGCAUGAUCAUUUUCUGCCUCAUUUGGAUCCCGGUGGUGGCCUUUUACAAGAUGGCCAAGGCCAAAGGCAACCUGUGGCAGAGGCUGGUCUACUGUUGCAAGCCCAAACCCAACUGGGGGCCGUCCCUGGAGCGUCACCGGGGAGAGAGAUACAAGGACAUGGUGGACCCGGUCAAGAAACAGGACGUCGAGAUCCCCACCGUGGACGGCUACAUCCGCAAGCUGGAGUAAAGAGAGGGAGGGGCUCUGCUGCAGGCUGAGGGUCCCAGUUACGCCCAGCGAAACCCAGGCAGCCGAAGGGAAGCCGUUCAAUGGACGCCAAAGGCUGCACCAUCUGCCAAAGAGCCACACGGGGGGGUGGGGGGCUCUGCUGCUAAGGCCGGCCAGGUCAUGG